AUGGCUCCCUCUGAUCUCCCAAAGAAUGCACAUGUCUCAGUCCACCCAUGUCUCCAGGCCAAGCUCUCCCAACUGCGCUCUGCAUCAACCGGGUCCCGCGAUGCGCAAACACUCGUGCAUGAAAUUGCCCUCAUGGUUGGGUACGAAGCGCUCGGAGCAAGUCUAACAGCGCAGCAACAAGGAACCGACAAAUCUCCCCUCGGCUACUCGUACCCCACGCACACCACAUCGCCCUCGCCCUCCUCCAUAUCCCUCGUCCCCAUCCUGCGCUCUGGCCUCUCCAUGACCACAGCGCUAUCCUCUCUCCUCCCCGCCCCCGUGCCCAUCCACCACCUCGGCCUGUACCGCGAAAAGUCCACCCUCCAGCCCGUCGAAUACUACAACAACCUACCCUACCACACCGCCACGUCCAACACGCCCAUUCCCGAUUUGGCAAUCAUAUGCGACCCGAUCAUCGCGACGGGCGCGACAUGUUGCGCGGCCAUCGACACGCUCAAGGACUGGGGCGUCAAGAGGAUUCUUGUGGUUAGUGUGCUUGCGGCGGUGGAGGGAUUGAGGAAGGCGUGUGAGGAGUGGGAAGAGGGGGUUGAGGUGUGGGUUGGUGGGUGUGAUGAGGGGGUGGAUGAGAGGGGGAUGAUUAAGCCGGGGCUCGGGGAUAUUGGGGAUAGGCUGUUUUUGACAAUUGGGAAAUAGAUUUGAAUUGAUGUUGAUGUCUAUGGUUCGAUAUGGUCUGGUGGUGCUUCGACUGUGCUGUUACUGUAAUGCAUUAGGUAAUGACAGCUGACAGUCGGUCGUCAUUCUCGGCAAUCUUUCACCAAAUACCCGUAAGCUGGACCGCGGAAGUGUUAUCCUGGAAAUUCUGAGAUCUUCACUUC